CCUCUCAAGCCAAUAACGGCAGGAGGAGGCAGCCUCGCUCCCUGGGCCCCACCCACGACCUGGGAGAGGCAGGUUCCGAGGCUGCAGCCCUUUGCCCGCAGUCCCGGCGCCAUCGUCCAGAAUUAUAAGGUCGUCUGCAGAGAUUUGAAAAAUGGCAGCAAAUGAAAGUGCCAGCAUCUUUAGUUCAGCGUCCUUGGCUGUCGAGUAUGUAGACUCGCUUUUACCUGAGAAUCCUCUGCAAGAACCAUUUAAAAAUGCUUGGAACUCUAUGUUGAAUAAUUACACAAAGUUCCAGAUUGCAACAUGGGGAUCUCUGAUAGUUCAUGAGGCCCUUUAUUUCUUGUUCUGUUUACCUGGACUUUUGUUUCAGUUUAUACCUUACAUGAAAAAGUACAAAAUUCAAAAGGAUAAACCAGAAACUUGGGAAAACCAGUGGAAGUGUUUUAAAGUACUUCUCUUUAAUCACUUUUUUAUCCAGUUUCCUUUGAUUUGUGGAACUUAUUAUUUUACAGAAUAUUUCAAUAUUCCUUAUGAUUGGGAAAGAAUGCCAAGAUGGUAUAUGCUUUUGGCAAGAUGCUUUGGCUGUGCGGUGAUUGAGGACACCUGGCACUAUUUCCUGCAUAGGCUCUUACACCACAAAAGAAUAUAUAAAUAUAUUCAUAAAGUUCAUCACGAAUUUCAGGCUCCAUUUGGAAUGGAAGCUGAAUAUGCACAUCCUCUGGAAACCCUAAUUCUUGGAACUGGAUUUUUCAUUGGAAUCUUGCUUUUAUGUGAUCAUGUAAUUCUUCUUUGGGCCUGGGUGACUGUGCGGUUGAUAGAAACUAUUGAUGUCCAUAGUGGGUACGAUAUUCCUCUCAACCCUUUAAAUCUCAUCCCUUUCUACGCCGGUUCUCGGCAUCACGAUUUCCACCACAUGAACUUCGUCGGAAACUAUGCUUCAACAUUUACCUGGUGGGAUAGAAUUUUUGGAACAGACGCUCAAUUUGUUGCCUACUAUGAAAAGAUGAAGAAGGUUGAGAAAAAGACCGAAUGAAUAUCUCAUAUAAACCUUCCUGAAGAUACAUGUUUUCCUGGAUUAAAGCUAGUAGCUAACAUUGCUUCUGGGGAGCAGAAAUAAACAUGUGUCUUGGCUGCUAAGUGAUAAAAAGAACAUUAACAACCUCUAAUUAUCUUCCUAGUGGGAACUUUUUCUACUUUACAUACAAGUUCUGUAUGUGUAGAAAUAAGUAAAUAUGUAUUUAAGGAUAAUUUUCAUGAGGGAAUUUUAAAGGCCAUCUUGCUAACCUCACAAAAGGUAUUAGGUCAUGGAAGAAGUAUUCAUGUCUUUUCCCUCAGUGAUACCAUGGGCCCAAAGUUGGAAUUGCUCUUUAAAUCUUUUAAAUAGAUAGUGGCCAUUUCAGAAACUCUUAAUAGUAAUGUUGGCCUCAUAUUGAACUUUAAACAUUUUUUAGAAUUUUCCUAAAAGUCAAAAUAUCAUGGGUUGAACCACAUCAAUUAAUACAGCACGAGGGAGCCUGUCCAGAGGAAUAGCCAGCACUGAGAAUUUCCACUCUUGUCUGGAGCUGACCAGUUUGGGGUGAUUCUCUUUCUUUCAGAAGUCCUUUUUGAUUGCAAUGUGCUACUGGUGUCUAAUUAAUUAGAAAUUAAGGCAUUUCUGAAUUGAUGUAAGUGGAAUAUUUUAAUCUAAAAGUUUUCAGGUUACUUGAAUAUUUUUUAAAAAUUGAGCUUUAUUUCUGCUAUUUACCCUUUCAUUUUUGUAUAUCAAGUUAUUAUACUUAAAACUGUUAUCUUGAAACUUUGUGAACCAACUUGCUGUAUUUGCACUUUGAGCUAUUGAAAUAAAUGUGAUUUUUUUGUCCGAUUA